CUUGCUUUGACUGUUUCAAACCUCUCCACAUCUUGAAGAGUCACCUUCGUCACCACCGCCAUGGCGGAGAAGAAGAGACGCGUGGCCGUCAUCGGUGGCGGGGCCGCGGGCGUGUCCGCCGCCUGGAGCUUGGCACGUUCGUUGAAGGAGGACGUGGAGGUGACCAUCGUUGAGCCUUGUGGCUCCUUGGGAGGUGUGGCCUGUACCAAGAGACUGAAGAAUGGGCAGUUCGUGAACUACGGAGUUCAGGGCGGUGCGCCAGCAUCCCAUCGAAACAUCAAUUCCUUGCUGAAGGAGUUCGGGGAAGACAUCGAUGAUGCACAUCUUUCGGUGAGCUUUGGAAAGAACGAACAUCAUUGGAGCAACUACGAGGACUCCAAACUGCAGCAGCGACUUCAAGCUGAUAUCCAACGAUUUGGCCGACUCAUCAAAUGGAUCUCUAGAUUUGAGUUCCUGACGCUCUUCUUGUCCAUCGAUCGAGUAAUGAAAAUAGCCAGGCUGUCUCAAGAAUUUCGAGAGCGCAUGGUCUAUCCUUUGGUGGCGCUCUUCUUCGGCACUGGAAAUCAGACUCCCAACAUGUCAGCAGCGAUUGUGGCGCGAGUCUUCAACGAUCCAUCCCUCGCACUCUUCGAGUAUUCUCCGGAACGAUUGAUUGACAGUGAGCCGACCAACUUUGCGUUUCGGAACCUGCAGGAAUUCUACAACCAGAAGAUGAGACCCUACUUGGAAGCGCGAGGCGUCCGCGUCUUGACCAGUCAUCGAGUGGAGAAGGUCUUGAAGCGAAGUUCCGAUGGAGUUACACUGCGAAUCUCAAAUCUGACGAACUUUGAGGGCGUGGAGUAUCGCGCAGGUGGUGAUCAGAUGUUGUUGUCCUCAUCGAAAGCAGAAAGUCCAGCGAACCCAACAAGUUGGGACGAAGACUUCGACGAUUUGAUCCUCGCUUGUCCCGCCAAUGUCUCCUUGCAGAUCUUGGGCGACAACGCCACCUUCUGGGAACGCAGGGUCCUGGGCUCUGUGGAAUACUUUGAUGACUUGUCGGUGACACAUUGUGAUGAAGAAUACAUGAAGAAACACUUUGAGGUGGAUGGAAAGGCCAUUUACUUCAUCAAGUCCUACGAACAGGAUGCGAAGCUCCUGGAGAUGGGCUUUGAUUUGUCAGGAUAUCAGUCCAGCAUUGGAGUGGGGGUCCGCUUAUCAGGCGAGGAUGAGAAGCCUCGGAGAGUUUAUCAGACGAUCUUUCUGGACAAGAAGCGAAAGCAGGACCUUUGGCCUUUGUUUGAAAUCAAAGAGUCCCUCAUCAUUGACAAGUCCUGGUGGCAUGCCUUUGCUCACACCAUGACGCAUUUUCGAUGGGUGGUGCCUUUCGUGUGGCUCCUGCAUCGGCAGAGCGCGGUGAAGCGGACCAGGACCUAUUUCGCGGGCGCCUGGACGCUGAUCAACACCCACGACAUCGCUGUGGUCUCGGGCCUCGCGGCGGCGCAACGCUUGGGCGCCCCCUAUCCCUUCGCAGAGAAUCGCUUGGCCUUGGAAGCGUACAAGACAUAUUGGAUGGUUGGACAUUUGACAGCACCUCGGAAGUGAGCAGUGUGAAGUCUUGGGACUUCCAAGGAGUUUGGUAAGGUUUGAUUUGGAUGCGAGACGUGCACUGCAUGAUUGGAGGAUAUUGGAUUUGUGGAGGAGGAACAGAGAAUUCAGCUGCAAUUUUCUUAGAUUUUCUACCCUACUAGUACAGACAAGUAUAUUGAUGUUGUAGGGAACCUUUUUGUCUUGUACAACCACCACUGCUGACCAGCAGCAUUGUCUCAGCUGCUCACCGCUUUCUUUACAA